AUGGUCAAGAAGCAGCGGGACAUCAUGUUCAACAUGGGCCACGAUAAGCCUGAUGAAGUGGAUCUAUACAAGAUCAGGGUCCAAAACAUCGAGCUGUGGCAGAGGAAAAAGAUGGAUGAGGCUGGGGCUCUGGUCAUGAAGUUCCUGGACAAAAGUGAUGCCUUACGAAUUGAGAUUGAACGGUCAAUUAGAGAGAUCGUUGAUGAGGCAAAGCGUCUUCGUGGAAAGGUCUUGCGACCAUUGCCUGCUGAUGAGCUGAUGGAGGAGCUUGAUGCUGCUCUGCAAUUUGCUGACCUAGAGGCUUCGCUCCAGCCUGUUGAGGGUGUUGACCAACCUAUGCCAGGAGAUCACCUGGAUGAUGGUCUUGCAAGGCUCCAGUCUCCUGAGCCAGGCCAGCCCAUGGUGCAGCCAGUCGAACCUGGAGAGCCACACCAGAAAACAAUGCAGCCAGUUGAACCCGAAGCACCAAACCAGAACACAGUGCCGCCAGUUCAACUGGAGAUGACAAACCAGAACACAGUGCAGCCAGUUGAACCUGAAGAACCAAACCAAAACACAGUGCAGCCAGUUCAACUGGACACGACAAACCAGAACACAGUGCAGCCAGUUGAGCCUGAAGAACCAAACCAGAACACAGUGCCGCCAGUUCAACCGGAGACAACAAACCAGAACACAGUGCAGCCAGUUCAACUGCAGAUGACAAACCAGAAAAGAGUGCAGCUAGUUGAACCGGAGAAGCCUGCUCCACAAGCACCUGAACUUGCAAGUGCCACACCAGCAGUCCAAGUGAAACUGCCAUGCAGUCCAACCCAAGACUUGUCACAGCAGUUCCAGCCACCACCUCCACUACUGGAGGCCAGUCUGUCCACUGCAGCAGUGGCUACAGUGGCCCGUGCCAUGGAGAGAAAAGACACUGUGCAGCUUGAUGCAGACAUGGCAGAACAUGCUGAUGAUGCUGUGGUCAUGGAAGAUGGCACUGUGAUGUUCAACGGCCCGAAUGGACGCUUUGAAACUCUCAAGGAGAGAGAACAGCGUCUCAAGCACAAUAUCAAGAUGAAAUUCAACCGUUCUUUGGACAGUCCUAGCUGUCCUGAAUGUGUUUUGGAGAAGGCUCGCAACAGGCGGUACAAUCAUCAGCUCAUUGCCCAGCUCUUUGAUGACUGGAUUGGCUCUGGCAAGAACUGGUGCAAAAGUUCUAUCUACUUGAACUCCAUGAAAACCAAGGAGCAACGGCGGGUUGGUCGCUAUGUUAUGCGUACAUAUCAACAGUUACGUGAGAAGUUUGGCGCAACGAUUGCGAAGACCAUCAGGGAUGACAAGAGGGAACUCCAGGCCAAGCGCAAGCCUGGUGACCCCGUUUGGGUCAUGUCCCAUCCUGACUGCCCACAUGAAGAUUUGGAGCUCUUCCGUGUCUUUGAUUCCCUUGAAUUUGAAGACCUGGAGUCGGAUCGGACAGAGACAGGUUUCAAUUUGGAUGGAUCCUUUGAUGCCUGUGCUGACACAAGCCUUGAAGCAGUUGCCAGCAGGUCGGAGGACAUGAAGAAGGGAUAUGCAUCAGAGCUUCAAGCUCGGCGCACUGAGAUGGAAAUCAUGAAGUUGGAGUUUGAAGGGCUGUACAUGCGAGUGGAAGAAGAAAGUGUGAUUGAGAACUCAAAUGAACUCAAGGCUUUGUAUGACCAAGCCUUUUCAAAGGAGCCUCCAAAGCCGAAGGCGAAGAGCAAGGGCAAGAAGUCCAUUGCACCUGUGAGCUGA